AUGAGUCUCCGAAUUCCACUGCGCAUACUACUUUGGCAGGUUGAAGUACUUCAGUUGCAACAGCGCUAUCGCGGGCUGAGCCGAGACACACUGAUUAUCGUACGAACUGCCUCUAAAUGGUCAAGACUUCUAUACCGGAAGUUGGCACGUGAAGUUGCUGCCAAAUCUACAAAAAGUGCACCUGCCUGGCUUACAGAUGAUGGUAGCGCAGACGCCCCUUUAACAAAGGGUGGAUACAGUGAUUUCAAAAAGAAAUUUGCUGGAUUGAAUGACAACACUAACGAACUUGAUGUGGCUUCAAAAGCUUCAAAGGAUGAACUUGACUGGCUUGAUGAUGGUAGCGCCGAUAUUCCUUUAGGAAAGGGUGGAUACAGCGACUUCCACAAGAAGUCCGUAGAUGGUCCUACUACGAGCUAUAGGACCGUUUAUAAUGGUGUUGACGAUAGUCCUUCCAGUGGCUUGAAUAAUGACAGUGGCGUAGGAUUAAUCAGUGGUAAUGCAACUCCAGCAAAGAGUAACGUGGAAGUUACUCAAAAUGACGAUGGCUCGACCGUUGAUGACACGCUACAGAUGUAA